GGUUCUGGGCCUUCUAAAGACCAUUGUUGAGUUUCAUGGCAAGUUACUCUUUUCAGAAUCAAGUGGAAUCUCCCGCUAUAAAACAUGCCAAAGGCUAAGGAAGGGAAACGGAAAACUAAAGGGGCCCUGUCGCCCAUCCCCAUCCUCCAAAAGUUCCUGAGAACGUACGAGAAGCACUGCGCGCAGUCCCAGACGUCGGUGUGUCCAGCCAUCAAGAACGACCUGAAGAAAAGCAUCAACAGCGAGCGGAUCCUCAAGAAGUUCACGCUGGUGAAGCCAGCCUCCCCCCGGGCGGCCCCGCCCAUCUCCCUGGAGCCCCUGCUCAUGACCAUCCGCGAGGAGUGCUACAAGCCGGGGAAGGAGCUGUGCAUCUGGGGGCUGCGGCUGAGCAACCCCGAGGUCGCCAGGCUGGCUCUGCUCCUGGAGUCGAAGGGGCGAACCGCCUGCCCGCUCACCACCCUGGAGAUGGUGGACUGCAAGAUGGACCCGUGGUCGCUGGAUCGCCUUGGCAAGGCUCUGCAGUUGAGCAGUUUGCGUUCUCUGGUCCUGGAUUACUGCAAGUUUGGGAGUGAGGAGAUGGAGAGCGUCCUGUCGGGCCUGGAGAACAACCAGCGGCUGUACGGCCUCAGCCUGCGGUUCUGCGGGCUGGGCCCGUGGAGCGGGCCGAGGCUGGGCUCCGUCGUCAGCCGCAGCGCCAUCGGCGAGCUCCACCUCGAUGGCAACGGCUUGCUGUGCUCCGGGGCGCUGGCCCUCCUCAGCCCCAUGGCGGAGUACGCGGAGGUGAAGGAGAAGGAGCGGCCGGCCACCGCCUCCCCAGACCCCGCGGCCAAGACGCCCCCUCAGCCGCUUCCAAUAAGCCCGAGAGGAAGUUCAGUACUGAGCCAGGCUGCAAAAUCCUCCGAGGCCGGGGCAGGAAAAACGACGUCGGGGAAGAAAAAGAGUAGAAAAGGAAUCAAGAAAAAAGCCCAAGCGUUGGCUGAAGCGGGGCCUUGGCUAGUGAAGUUGCAUCUGGCAGACAACGGCAUAGAUGGAAAGGAGGGCGAACACUUGGUGGAGUUCACUCGGAUUUUAACAUGCCUCAUCAGAUUUUCAGCCCACUUAAGGGAAAUUGACCUUGGCGGCAAUGCCCUAGGAGAAACGGCUGCUGCUGACAUCCUGCAAGCACUGAGGGCCAGGAAGACAGGAAAACUUCCUGUCUUAAAAAUUACAGUCACCCCUCAGAUCUCUUCUGAUAUCUUCACAUCUAUUUGGAAAAACAGUAAGAAAUCGAAGAAGACCAAGACUAUCCGAAAAAAGAAAACGGCUAAAACCUGAAUGUAGAAGCCAUAUUUCUGUUUGGAUGCCAUCCUUUCCUACGCUCAACCAGGCACGGCCCACAAAGAUGUUGUUUCUUAUGCAGUAGUAUUUUCCAUUGUUACCAAUGCCUUUCCAAGUUUUAAAAAUCGAUAGCUGUUUCAUGAACGUUGUAAGUAGUGUUCAUGCCAUCUAUUGCACUUGUCAUUCUCUAGAAUGUGGGUUUUACCAGUAGGAUUCUGAGGUGCGUUCUUCUCCCCCCAGCAUGCACAAUUCACAACUUCAAGGAAGUCAUCCUCUAUCCAA